AUGAAUCAAAGCUCAAGUGAACCAUCUCACAGCGGAGAUGGUGGUAAAGAGGAGGUUCAAAGACUUCUUAUAGAGCUGCUCAAUUCUCAGAAACCCAAGAUCUCACCCAAUGCUCAAACUAAAUUACUUAAUACGCAAAUUACUGAUGAGGAUGUUAGUUUUUUUAGGGCUGCCAAUGAGGUUAUUAAGCUCCAUCAGUACCGAAUAGAUCCCACUAUAAGAGAUAUUCUCAGUAGGCUUCAGUAUUCCAACUCGCCUCAUGGAGGAAUUCCGCUUUCUCGAGAGUACCUGGACACUGUGGGAUUGGGAAGUCAGCAGCAGCGGGAUGAGCCAUCACAGAUACAACAGCAGCAACAGCAACAGCAACAGCGUCAAGAAGAAAUCACUGACUCUUUGCUCUUUCCGCAAAGAUCACGAAGUAUCAGUGACACAAGCAGCUUGCGCAAUGGCAUAACGACGGGUAACGGAGACAACAACGGCGGGUUUCCUGUUCUAUCCAAUAGCAUUUUCAAGAUGGAUGCCCCGCCAAACCUAUUGCAUACGUUGUCUCUUCUUUCUCCUCUUAGUGCACAGCAAACAUUAGUUCAACCUCAACAGACUCAAACUACUGCUAGCGAUUCCAACGGGUCCAACGGCUCUCAAACUGGCCUGGUGAACCAGCUAGUCGCCCGUAUAAAGAACAUGGAUGCAUCUCAGCAACAGAACUUGAUCAGUGGCAUCGCUCAAAUGCUCGUGGGAACAUUAUCUGGGGGACAGGCUCAGCAGGCUCAGCAAGUUCAGCGGUCUCACCAAUCUUCAGGUCAGCAGCUAGCGUCGUUAACACAGCCUCAGACACAAGUACCAAUUGCGCCUCCGCAAGCCACGUUUCUGAACCAAAGUCAUUCAUUUACAUCAGGUGAACAGCCUGCUUUUAAAGUACAGAAAAACAGCGAACCUCAUACUCAAUUCAUUUUGGAGACACCUGCGUCUGGAGGAAUGACGCGUUCUUUCAGUGGCUCUAACGCUAAUUUUAAAAAUAGUGCUGCAAAGGGUCGACAUUAUGAAAGUUCGAGAAAUCCAGGGACUCAUGGCGAAGGUAAGGACGAAAAAAGGCAUUUCAUCUGCGGUCAAUGUGGUAUAUCAUUUAAAAGGUCUUCGGAUCUUAAGAGACACGAGAAGAUUCACUUGGAUGUGCCUCCCAACAUUUGUCCCUUGUGUAAAAAGGGAUUUGCGCGGAAAGAUGCCUUGAAAAGGCACAUUGAUACACUUACAUGCCGCCGGAAUAGGGAAAAGCUACUUAAAAAAUUGACUAAUGCAAAUGGCACCAAGACAAGCAAGUGA